UCCCUCUCUGCAAUGGCGUCUCACCACGCGUCUCUGGGUCGACGAACGUUGGAAGAAAUUCGUCAAAAGAGAGCGGCUCAGAAAUUAGGCAAAACAUCGUCGGGACCUGAUAUCACAAAGCCUCCUAGCCCUAGAGGGAUUUCGAGAUCCUCCAGCGGGACUGGAAUUUCCGAGUAUGAUAUUAGUGGAUUAGUUUCACAGAUACAAGAUUUGCAGAAAAGGAAUGCAGGACUGGACAAGGAGAAUAAAACACUGAGCUCAAAGCUUCAUUCUAAAGAAACUGAGAAUGACAUGCUUCAGAAGCGAGUGAAUGACCUGGAACGGAAUACUGUACCAUCAUUGAGAAAAGCCGUUAAGGAUGCCGUGAUGGAAAAAGAUGCAGCAGUUGUCGCACGGGAGGAUUUCUCAGCACAACUUCGAGCACUUAAGAAGCGUCUAAAGGAAGCAGAAGAGGAACAGUAUCGGGCUGAGGAAGAUGCAGCUGCACUAAGGGCAGAACUAAACUCACUACAACAACAAUCAAUCAGUGGCAAUGUUGGUGCUAGUAUCUCGAUGGGAGGCCCACCAGAUCAAAUGCAAGCUAUUGAGAAGGAGCUCGCUGAUUUGAAGACCCAGCUAGAGCAAGAGUCGAUGUUGAGGCGCCAAGAAGGAAUGUUGAGACGUCAAGAGCAACAACAGUUAGCAGAAGAGCAACUCCGAAUAUCUACCAUCAUAUCUGAAAAGAAGGAUUUGGAAGAAAAACUAGCAGCCAUGUCCAAGAAUAUCACAGGAGUUUCAGGAAAAGAGGCACCGUUCACACUGGAAUACAAAGAGAGACUUGAGAAACAAUUGCAUGAUAUGGCAGUAGCUGUUGAGAAGUUGGAAAGCAGCAGACAGAAGCUACUAUUGGAGAUUGAUACCCAAUCUUCUGAGAUAGAAAGUCUGUUUGAGGAGAAUUCUAACCUAUCUUCAGCUUAUCAUGAGGCAACGAGUGUAGUGGUACACUGGGAAAAUCAAGUAAAAGAUUGUCUGAAACAAAAUGAGGAGCUUCGUAUGAUGCUAGAUAGAUUGAGAAGAGAACAAGCAAGUAUACCCAUUGCAAAUGAUCAUGAAUCUAACAAAGAUGGAAAUGCGAUGAUUUCCGAUGGUCAUACUGGUGAAGUUGUAUCCCUAAAGGGUGAACUGGCCAAAGAACAAAGCAGGGCAGAGACACUCUCUGCAGAAAUUUUGCAGCUCUCAGCUCAACUCCGACAAGCCAUGCAAGCCUACAAUAGUCUCGCUCGCACCUAUAAACCAGUUUUGAGGAACAUCGAGACUAAUCUGCUCAAAAUGAAGCAAGAUGGCUCUUUGACAGUACAGUGAUACGCUAUUCGGUAAUUCUUUCACAGG